AUCUUUUCUUAUCCUCUUAAUAACAAGUGGCGCCCUCACCAUCCCAGCUGAUAGCAAAAUCCUUUGCGAACACGUGAAAAACAACCGCGAUUUUCUCAGAAUUUCCCAAAUUGUAGAGAGUAUUUCACCCAAAGAAAAGUCCCAGGAUGUCGUGGUUGUUUGGAUCGAGAAGUCAAGCACCGCCUCAGGGUGAUGGACCACCACCGCCAGAACAGGGAGCACCAGGUCAGGCUCCCGAAAUGGGUCUCAGCAAGGCCGAAAGGAGAGCCAUGGAGGCCUACAGAUUUGAUUCAUCCGCCCUCGAAAGAGCCGCUGAGGCUGCAAAGACUCUCGAAAAGUCCAAACAUGCCCGUGAAGCCCUUGAACUCUCAAAGAUGCAAGAAGGCACCCGGCAGCAGGAAUUGCAAGUCAAAGCGAAGGAAUAUGAAGCUCACAUUGAGACGGCAAAGGUGGAGCAGAAACGAGUGGACUAUGAGGAGAGACGGAAACUUCUGUCGGAAGAAACAAAGCAUCAGCAGCAACGAGCACAGUACCAGGAUCAGCUGGCACGGAAACGCUAUGAGGAGCAGCUGGUGCAGCAGCAACGUGUUCAGGAGGAGAAUCUCCGGAAGCAGGAGGAAAGUGUAGCCAAACAGGAAGCCAUGCGUCGUGCCACAAUUGAGCAUGAGAUUGAGAUGAAGGAGAAGAACAAAUUGAAAUUGCUCGAAGCAGAGCUGAGGGCAAAGGCAAAGGUUGACAGGGAGAACAGGGAUAUAAAUCUCGAACAGAUUCGACUGAAGGCUCAGGAGCACAGAGCCACAGUGUUGGAAGGGAUUAAAACAGCAGGUUCUGUGCUCGGAGCUGGAGCUCAGGCGUUGCUGAAUGACUGGCAGAAGGUAGCCACAGCAGCUGGAGGGCUGUCCCUUCUUGCCCUGGGAAUUUAUUCAGCCAAAGGAGCCACUGGAGUUGCUUCGCGAUAUGUUGAGGCGCGUAUUGGGAAACCCUCGCUUGUUGGAGAAACUUCCCGCUUCUCCUUGCUCGAAGCAACACGACAUCCCAUUCAGUUGCUCAAGCGCUUCCGGAGUAAACCUGCUGAUGCCCUUCAGGGGGUCAUUUUGGAGCCAAAGCUGGAGGAACGGCUUCGGGAUAUUGCCAUUGCAACGAAGAAUACGCGCCAAAAUCGCGGAUUUUACAGAAAUAUCCUCAUGCACGGACCCCCGGGGACGGGAAAGACGAUGUUUGCGAAGAAGCUGGCCAAUCAUUCGGGCAUGGAUUAUGCCAUUAUGACGGGUGGUGAUGUGGCGCCAAUGGGACGUGAUGGGGUCACGGCAAUUCACAAAGUUUUCGACUGGGCCAACACCAGCAAGCGCGGGCUGUUGCUCUUUGUCGACGAAGCCGAUGCAUUUCUCCGGAAACGCUCAUCCGAACGCAUUUCUGAGGAUCUCAGGGCAUCCCUCAAUGCCUUCCUCUACCGCACAAGUGAGCAAAAUCACAAAUUCAUGCUCAUCCUGGCCAGUAAUACACCCGAACAAUUUGACUAUGCCAUCAAUGAUCGUCUGGAUGAGAUGGUUGAAUUUACACUGCCCGGUCUCGAUGAGCGAGAGCGUCUUAUGCGUCUCUACUUUGAUAAGUUUGUUCUGGAGCCAGCUGCUGAGGGCAAGAGGCGCUUCAAAGUGGAACAGUUUGAUUAUGGUGCUAUCUGUAGCAAAAUGGCAAAGCUCUGCGAAGGAAUGUCCGGAAGAGAAAUCUCCAAGCUCGGAGUAGCGUGGCAGGCAGCCCUCUACUGCUCCGAAGAUGGAGUUCUGACGGAGAAGAUGGUCUUGGACAAGUGCAUGGAGGCUGUUCAUCAGCACAAACAGAAGAUGGCAUGGCUUUCAGAACAAGAGAAGGGAGACCACAAGUCCAUCACAGGUGGAAAGGGUCAGCAGUAACAAUAUAGAGGAGUAGCAUUUGUGUGCGGAGUCAUGACCUAUAAUGUGGGAACAAUCUCCUAUGUGGAAGGAUGUCGUCUGCCACAUCCGGCUACACCAGCUGAAUUUCCUGGAAAUUUAUAUUAAACUUCCCUCAGCUGGUGAUGGCUUCCUGGCAUCCUUUUUAUUAUAAUCUUCUUUGGUAGAAAAUGAGAGGAAAACUAAAAAAGUUGGUUAUCGCGGGUAAUAAAUUACGCGGGAAAUGUUCUAUAAAGCAAAA